UCAGUUUCAUUCCCAGUUCUGUUGGAAGCUUCGAUUCUAUAAUACCGCUCCCGCUGCCGCUCCGUACCGUUUCAAUGCUUCGUCUUACGUUCUGUCUGGCUCUACUAUCGCUGCUGGCUUGGUCGGGCCACGCCUACAAAGUACCAGAUGCUAGCGUACGGGUUUUCUACCCCAAGGGAUUCGAGGUCUCUAUACCAGAUGCAGAGGAUAUACCCAAAGCGAAGCGGGGACGUUGGACCUUUCGGGAUCGCGAGAUGGUGCUCAAUUUGGGCGAUACCCUGUACUUCUGGACGUAUGUGGUGCACAAUGGCCUGGUUUAUCGUCAGGACGAUGGGGCCUUUGUGGUUUCCGUGUAUGACAGUCAAAGGAAUUAGCAUUCGUAUGUGAGGUUUCAUAUAAAAAAGAAUGCCAGGAGUAGUAAAAUGUUUAAUUUUGCCUUAAAUACAGAUGGUAAAUGAAUCUUAUUAUGCAGCCUGCCGUAAUGUAAUCAAGUCAAUGGAUAUUUAAAUCAAAGGAAGGAAAUUUCUUUAAUGUAAAAUCAUAUUUCAUUGAGUUGUGCCACCCGCCCUCAUAUUGUGUCUGUGUCUGGAUGCCGGGACUGUUGCAGGCUCUCAUUAUGGGUGUGACGUAUUUAAUUAUUUUUGUCAAUAAAAAAUGCACUUUUGCA